AUACCCACUUCCGCGCGCGACCCACUUCCUUUUCUUUCGGCUGCGCGCGGCGGCAAGAUGGCGGUGCAGAUUUCCAAGAAGCGGAAGUUUGUUGCUGAUGGCAUCUUCAAAGCUGAGCUCAAUGAAUUUCUCACUCGGGAGCUGGCUGAAGAUGGUUACUCUGGAGUUGAAGUUCGAGUUACACCAACCAGGACAGAAAUCAUCAUCUUAGCCACCAGGACGCAGAACGUUCUUGGUGAGAAGGGCCGGCGGAUCCGGGAAUUGACUGCUGUAGUUCAGAAGAGAUUUGGCUUCCCUGAGGGCAGUGUAGAGCUUUAUGCUGAAAAGGUGGCCACAAGAGGUCUGUGUGCCAUUGCCCAGGCAGAGUCUCUGCGUUACAAACUCCUGGGAGGGCUUGCCGUUCGGAGGGCUUGCUAUGGUGUGCUGCGGUUCAUCAUGGAGAGCGGGGCCAAGGGCUGCGAGGUCGUGGUAUCUGGGAAACUCCGAGGACAGCGGGCUAAAUCCAUGAAAUUUGUGGAUGGCCUAAUGAUCCACAGUGGGGACCCUGUCAACUACUACGUUGACACGGCCGUGCGGCACGUGCUGCUCAGACAGGGUGUGCUGGGCAUCAAAGUGAAGAUCAUGCUGCCCUGGGACCCAAGUGGUAAGAUCGGCCCUAAGAAGCCCCUGCCUGACCAUGUGAGCAUUGUGGAACCCAAAGAUGAGAUACUACCAACCACCCCGAUCUCGGAGCAGAAAGGUGGAAAGCCAGAGCCGCCUGCCAUGCCCCAGCCAGUCCCUACUGCAUGAUAGAUGCUAUUACGUUAAAUCAAGUACCACAAUACUGGCAGCUUAAAUGCGCAGUUUAUUCAGAAGCCAUCUUUAAAAGUGCACGUCUGCCCUCAGGGUAACCUUGCCACAACAGGAUUUUAGAAAAGACUCCCACACUGGGGACUAGAAGCCUCUAAGCUGGAUGUUGUCCACACCAAAUUAGUGUAUCUACAAACAAAAGAAACUCUGGCAUAGAAAUUUAUUGGAAGGAUCUCAAGUGACUCAGAAUCCAUGGGAAGCCUGGAAAACUCAGUUCAGAAAUGGAAUCCAGAGAGGCUUGCAUUGGGGAACACAGCCAAAGUUGGGACUGAGGAGCAUUCUGGUUUAGGAUGAUAUCACCACUGCUGUUAGACUUCCAGUGAGUGACUUUUCAACUGUCCCUUUGUUUUUCCGGUUCAAAGUUCCGAGUGUGAGCAUCUGAUUGGUCAAGCCCGGUGCCUGUGACCGGUGGGGAGAAGAUAACCUUUGGUUCCUAUAUUGGAGGUGGGACCCAGCCUCUGUUCCCCAGUAGGCAAGGUGUUGAUGCUCGGUAGCCAAAACCGUUCUGUGAAAUUGUCCUGGGAAUCCACUGGUGGAAACGUGGCUGUUGGCAACAUGGAGGCAGGUGCUGAAACCUCUCAUGGACUUUUCACUAACAUGUUACUCUCAGGUCAGUAGGAUUCCUGGCACCUGGUGCUAGAUAGGAGUAUCAAACAGGAGCUGGGAGCUGCUUGCCUGGGACCACCUUGCCCUUGCUGAAAGUGGGAACUUGGGAGCGGGCCCAAAGGGCCAGCAUGGAUCGGAGAUCAAACGGCACUGUCAAUACGGAGAACUGGAAAGGUGCGGAAACAGGUGGGGCCUCAGAGAGCAGCGUGUAAAGGAGUGUUUUGGGGGUCUGCCUCCAGGCAGAAUGUGAGCUUAAGAACCUCCACUUACCAUUUUCUUCAUCAGGAACUUCAUGGUUGUUUUUUUUGUUAGUUUUUAAAAUUUAUUUUGUCAAGAAUAUAUACAAAAACAUCAAUUCAGCAGUUUCUACAUGUACAGUUUAGUGACACUGAUUACAUUCUUCGAGUUGUGCAACCGCUGUCACCCUCCUUUUCCGAGUUGUUCCCUCCCCCUCCUUCUAAAGGUUAAAAAAAAACCCAGUCCAUUCUUUACUAGUUAGGCUAAACUGUUGUUUGGUUUUAAGACUUCAGGGGAUAUUUUUGGUUUAAGGGUUAAAGAUUAUCUCAGGGUAAUAGUUUCAGGAGUUAUCCAGCCUCCAUGGCUCCAGAAAGGUGGGAAUCCAUGAGAAUUGGAGAUUCUGUUCUGCAUUUUCCCCCUUUUGAUCAGGAUUCUGCUAUAGAGUCUUUGAUUCAAAUGUUCAGUAAUGGUAGCCAGGCACCAUUUAGUUCUUCUGGUCUCAUGGAAAGGAAGCAGAUAUUCAUGGAGCCAGUUAGCCACACAUUCCAUAUCCUCCUAUUCCUGACGGACAUGUUCUGGUACUAUUUUAUCUACCAAACAAGCCAUUUCCCAAUUUGUUAUUGAUCAAAGAUACAUUUGUAAUUUGAUAAGCAAUGUAACCAUGGUGAGAAGACAGCAAAAUAAUAAUCGUAUGCCCUGAGCCUUCUGCCAAUGUCCCUGAAUGCACAAAUUCCAUUACUAACUCCAUUUUACAGAGAUUUUAAUUAUCCCAUGCAAUAUAAAUUGGGGGAAUGUGUAAUUUCUUUUAGCCUUUAGAAAAAAUAUUUAGAACAUAUUAAGGAUCUCCACUCCUGGUUUGAGAACAAGUAACACAAGACGCUAUUGGGAGCUACUUACCCCAAUCCCUCAUUUUUAUAAGAAGAAGAACCCCAAUAGCUCUGAAAUUCAAAUGAAACCACGCCUCUCCUGCUCAGUGCUAUGUUACACUAAUGGGUAAUGUGCAGUGGGGUCUCUUUGUUCACUGAGCCACUGUGAGGGAUUCAUCUGGGCCUCCCUGGCAGGUCUUCAAGCCUACCUCCCCCACCCCCCACACGCCUGUGCGCUGCAGCCCUUUGUGCAGUGAACCAGAGGAGCUGGACCCUUUGAAUCCUAAAUUGCCUAGAAAGAGGGUAGGACUCCCCUGGCCUUUAAUUAGGGAUGUUUUUGUUUUUUUAAAGAGAGGAAGUGGGGAGAGGUUCAGCACAGCAAUACGACCACCUUCCUUUGGGAUGAGGGAGCGAGAGAGGUGGACAUUUGCCCAUUGGUUUUACUCUAAACAUACCAGGAAAAGUAGUCACCACUACUUAUCUGGGUCUGAUGGGCCCCUCCUUUACUUUUUUGAAUCAUUUUACAAAUAACUUACAGAAGUAAGAAUAAAGGAUAGUGAAGA